AUGAGAUCAACACCCUCGUUUCCAUUCCGUGUAUUAACCCACAAUAUCCGAUAUGCAACUUCGUCACCUUUCAGAGGCGAGCGGCCAUGGGCGGAGCGCAGGCAACUGAUGUUGAAUGAGCUUCAAUACAAUACUCGCGCCAGCAUUGACGCAUUCAUCUGUUUACAGGAGGUUCUUCACAAUCAACUCGUGGAUCUGCUCGAGGGCUUGAAUCCUGGUGUCGAUCCGGAAUGGGCCUACAUUGGAGUCGGACGAGACGACGGCCACCAGGCCGGUGAAUACGCACCGAUUCUCUACCGACCGUCGGCCUGGACUCUGCAGCGUUGGGAGACGGUUUGGCUAUCCGAAACUCCAACAAAGCCUUCGAAGAGCUGGGACGCGGCGUCUAUUCGCAUUGUCACUAUUGGCCUUUUUACAAGUCUAAGAAGUGGGAACACAGUCCUGGCGAUGAACACACAUCUGGAUGACCAGGGAUCUCGGGCUCGUCUCGAGGCUGCGCGCAUCAUCCGCUUCAAGAUCCAAGAGUAUCAAGAUGGACAACUAGGUGGUUUGAUAUCGGGUACUUUCUUGGCUGGGGAUCUGAACAGCGAAGAAUAUCAGGAGGCAUACUCAAACCUAACGGGACCCGGUGACAUGGUUGACACCUACAAAAUGGUUGAACCAUGCAAGCAAUAUGGCAACGUCAAUACCUUCACCGGGUUCGGGUAUGAGAAAGAACCGUCAAAGCGUAUUGACUAUGUACUUCUGGCCCCUGGUGGAAAUCAGACCUGGCAGGUCGAUGGAUAUUCCGUGUUAGCCAACCGGUUUGAUGACGGGGUAAUGAAUUCAGACCAUCGGGCCGUAGUUGCCGAUCUGGCCUUGCGGGGAUAG